GGAGGGGGACCUCCGCACGAGACCGAGCGCCCCGAGUUGGAGCUCCCAGCCCCGCGGCGGACCAUGGUGCAGCAGGCGGAGGGCUUGGAAGCCGAGAGCAACCUGCCCCGGGAGGCGCUGGACACGGAGGAGGGCGAAUUCAUGGCGUGCAGCCCGGUGGCCCUGGACGAGAGCGACCCGGACUGGUGCAAGACGGCGUCGGGCCACAUCAAGCGGCCGAUGAACGCGUUCAUGGUGUGGUCCAAGAUCGAGCGCCGGAAGAUCAUGGAGCAGUCUCCCGACAUGCACAACGCCGAGAUCUCCAAGAGGCUGGGCAAGCGCUGGAAAAUGCUGAAGGACAGCGAGAAGAUCCCGUUCAUCCGCGAGGCCGAGCGGCUGCGGCUCAAGCUGCGGCUCAAGCACAUGGCCGACUACCCCGACUACAAGUACCGGCCCCGGAAAAAGCCCAAGAUGGACCCCGCGGCCAAGCCCAGCGCCAGCCAGAGCCCCGAGAAGAGCGCGGCGGGCGGCGCGGGCGCGGGCGGCGCCAAGCCCUCCAAGGGCUCCAGCAAGAAGGAGGCUGUGGGGAGGCCCUGCGCGCCACCCCCCGAUCUCAGCCUCUCAGAGCUGCGCGCGGUGCCUACGAGGCGGGAGGUUUUCAGUGGCCGAGACUCGGCCUUUAAGACGCCACCAGGGAGGGUACCUGGGCAGAAGGUGUGGACCCAGCUGUGGGUGAUCACAUUGCCGUCGGAAGGCACGUUGGUGCUGCCCGGAACUAAGUGCUUUCCUGACGUGAGUGGCCUGUUGACUUUGAAACAGCUGAAUCCCGACUUUGACGCUGGCUGA